AUGUCUACUAACACACAGCUUGAGAUCCACAGCAUUGACUGUCUUACGAACCCAAGCCUUGAGGAGCAAUCGCAAUGUUCUACCGUCCUCCAGGAUGCCUACGUAGACGACAGAUAUGUCGCGAAAGUCUGCGGCAACAGUGCUGACGCUCGCCGUCUCUUCUAUGAAACAGUGAUCGAAGGCACUACCAUGGACUGUGAGCUCUGGGUAACGAGGGUGAAGGAUGAGAGUGCAGCUGGAGGAACAACCAUUGCGAGCGUAGCUUGCGUCUCUCCUCCCGGGAAGACUCCGUUCAGUGACAGUCCCAAUAACAAUAAAGAAGAGAUGAUGGAGAGGCUGACAGAGAAGAUCCCCGAGUCUGUGGAUAGAUGGAUCGCCAAACACCUCAAUCCCCAUUACGUUUGCGCUGGCCACUUUAACGAAGACUCUCUGUUUAUUCAUGCGCUUGCCACGCGCCCCGAGUAUCAGAGAGGUGGAUCAGCGACGGCAUUGCUCAGUCGACUGGGAGAAUCUGCAAAGCAAAGGGGAGAAAGGCUGGGUUUGGACACUAGUAAUGCAAGCGCAGCCAAGCUGUUUGAGAAAACAGGGUUUAGAGAUAUCCAUAGCGGCGCAUUGGACUUUGAAGAUGGAGGAGAUGAGGUGAGGUACCGAAUCAUGAGUAACGACUCUGGAUGGACAGCCAGCAAGUAG